UGGUUACCAGUGGUUACAGCAAUGGCGGCGGACGGUGAGCAACGUGCGGCCUCUGAAGUCUUUCAGGCCAUAGCCCGGCACCUAAACUGCCUGAAUGAUGACAAUAAGUUCACCAGAAGGAAAGCGCUAGGGGCAAUCCAGCAGGAGGCCCAGGAUAAGAGGCUGUCCAGCGUGGCCCUCCAAGAGGUGUUCGGGGAGCUGCUCAAACCGCUGCUCAGGUGCCUGUCAGACCCCAUGGAGAAGUGCAGGGAGCUGGCCACCCAGAUCGCCAGUCACUGUGUGAGUAACGUGCCCAGCCCCGAGGAGGCCCUGCCCUACCUGAUACCAGCCAUCACACAGAGACUGGGGAGCCCUGACAUCGUGGAGCCCACAGAGGAGCUCAGGCUCGCCUUAACAGAGCUCCUGGCCCUACUCAUCGAAGUGUGUGGGAGAAAGCUGCUCCCUUACCUGGAUGACCUGAUCAGGAUAUUACAAAGAACCAUCACGGAUCCUUUCCCAGAGGUGAAGAAAGAAAGCUGCAAAUGUGCCACAAGCCUUGCCAAGUGUAUACCAGAACAUUUCCACAUGCAGUCGGAAUCUCUCAUUAAACCCUUGAUGCAGACCAUUUCACAUCAGCACUCCAAAGUUCGUAUGGCAGUUAUCCAUACAACAGGUGCGGUAAUCCAAUACGGUAAUGGGAAGUCAGUGGACGAUGUCCUGUCCCAUCUUGCACAAAGGCUUUUUGAUGAUGCCCCUCAGGUUCGCCAAGCUGUAACUAUUGUAAUAGGGGACUGGCUUUUGAACCUGCGGGAUAGAUAUUCAUACUUUCAUAAACUGAUACCUCUUAUGCUGAGCAGCACUACAGAUGAAAUUCCUGAGAUUCGGCAGCUUGCUCAGAGUUACUGGGAGAAAAUCGGAUUGCAGUGGGAAAAAGAGAAUGAAGAUGAUCUGAAAGACAAACUUGAUUUCAGUGCUCUUCCACCAUCUCACUACCCAGCAGGAGUAAAGAGACCUGGAUUGGGGUGCCGUGAGCUUAUAUUCAGAAAUCUAUCCAAAAUUCUCCCAGCUGUCAGUCAUGAUAUCACAGACUGGGUUGUUGGAACAAGGAUUAAAGCUUCUCGGCUCCUUGCGGUUUUACUUUUGCACGCGGAGGAUCACACCACUCAGCAUAUGGAGCUUGUACUCGGCACCCUGUACCGAUCGUGCCUAGAUGAGGAACAAAGCGUUGUGCAUAGUAGUGUGCAGUCAGCUGAGUUAAUUGGGUACUUUGUGAACCCGGAAGUGUUCCUUAAGUUGAUUUUGCCUUCGCUACAGAAGUCUCCCUUAGCCUCGCAUCUUAUGGUCCUUGCUUCGUUUAUCCGCGGAAGCUCUAGAGAGAGGCUGAAACCUCAUUUAAGUCGCACAGCCAGUGUCCUUUCCCAGAGAGAGAUCUGUCAGGGCUCUGAAAAGGUUCUAUACUUGGAACAAUUGUUGUGCUGUGUCCAAUCCCUAAUUUACAUAUGCAAAGAAGACUGUGAAGAAGUUAGCUUACAUUGCAUGAAAAUCCUGAUUACUAUAUUGGCAUCUGAAAAUCUUAAUGAAAAGGUUCAAGAGGUGUUCAUAACCUUGGCAACGCUGCAAGGGUUGACAUGUGUCCAGGAUCUGUAUAGAAGGCACAUACAGCAAUUAUUUGAGUGGGCAUCCAGCAACCAUCAACACUGGACCAGCUAUUCAGUAGAAAGACUGCACUUUGAAGUUGUUGUUAUGGAGUCUGGCCCUGUGAUAGGUGAAAAUCUCCAUCUGCUAGUACCAGUUUUGAAGACUUGCUUGCAACCAACACAAGAAGCACAAAUGCGCUUGAAGCUUUUUACGAUGUUGUCAAAACUCCUGGUGAAAGCAAAUGAAACUGUCAACUCUCAAGGAGAGUUCCAUAAGCAUUCUGAAGCAAUCAUAAAGGAAAUAUUGAUCCCAAACCUCAAAUGGCAUGCUGGCAGGACAGCGGGAGCCAUUCGAACCAUUGUUGUGUCCUGCUUGUGGGUUCUCCUGCAGAGUGAGGUCCUGUCUGAACAAGAGAUUUUUCAAGUAGAAGAUGUUUUAGUGCCUCAGGUGGUCACCACACUGGAGGAAGACUCCAAGACUAGUCGACUGAUGUCCUGUCGCAUUAUCCAAACUCUUCUCAAAGUCUGUGUUCAACGGCUGGAUCCAGAUAGACUAAACAAAAUAUACCCCGAGCUUUUAAAACGACUUGACGAUGCCUCUGAUGAAGUCAGAGUAACUGCUGCUAAAACCUUAUCUCUCUGGUUUAAAUGCAUCAACAAUGACUACGACAGUUCAACAUUUAAGGGUCAUCUAGAAUUUCUAUACAGAGGUCUUUUAAUUCACCUUGAUGAUCCGGAUAACUGCAUCCAAUCAACAGUAUUAGACGUUUUGAAGACUGGAAGCUUUCUUUACCCCUCCUUGUUAGCCCAAGAAAUUGAAGCCGUUCGCCAUAAACACAGAACACCAGCAUACUGUGAUCAACUUCUACGUCAUAUUGAAGAGCUUAGGCUCCGUGAACCAUCGGCAGCCACGUAACAGCUAUUUAUAAAGUUAUGGAGACAGUCACAAGGGGAAAAAAGACAUACUGUUGCAACAAUGUAUUUUAAGAAGAAUUUU